GGCCUGCCUGGCGCUGGCCACACUAGCCGCUGUCGCUAACCGACCUGCAGCGCGGCAGACAGACUCGAAGGGCUGCGCCGUUCCUCAUCUGCACCGCAUGGCCAGCAUGCUGCAACGUCCUGCUGCACCUCCGUGGAUCUAGCCGAACUUGCAACGUGCACGUCUGCUACGGAGGUACUGUGCAGCUCUUUGCCGCUGCGUGGAUCAUACCGCUUGGAGCGCGCCGUGGCCCGGCUCGCUCUCGACCUUCCUCUCCCGCGCGUUUCUGAACAACGCCCGUCGACUGUCACGUAAUUCUGGUGAUGCCACCACACAUUUGCCCUCGCGCCGGCUCCAUGUCUGGCUCGUUGCUUCGUUGCAGCUUCGCCUCUAUCUCCCGCCCCAUGGUGCUUCUCUGUGCCCCUCCCCGCUGCUGCUGAUCACCAAAUUCCCCCGUGGUUGUGCGCAUGUCCGACGCCCUCCUCCUUCGGGUCCUUUCGGCGCAUCUCUGCCACGAUGCUUUCUCUACUUGAGCUUGUCACCCAGAAUCAACCCCACUUCCAGACCCAUCAAGCCCUACUGGUCCUCGGACUCCAGAAUGACUUCAUUCUGCCCGACGGGAAGCUACCUGUCAACACCCGAAAUGGCUUCUUGGAUCGCAUUCACGCCAUCAUCCCCACGUUCCGCAAGCAGUCUUCCAACGUUAUCUGGACCAAGACUCUCUAUGAGACAGAUCGUCUUGCAAGUGACCCCACCACCGGUGAGGGAGACGCAGUCGUCGUUGGCGGCUUGGUCGACGGAGUGGAAAGCAGCACAGACGAGGACGAUGAUCUUCCGAAGGAUCUUAUCCGGCCAACCCAGUCACGAUCGUCAACAUCAAAACAUCGAUUACGUGCCCUUAACUUGCUGAAGCGGGUAUCUGCCCGCAAGUCCAUCUCGGCUACCCCUCGUGAGGAACUCCAGGCCGUCGUCGAAGAAGACGAAGAGCUGUUUCUUCGGCAGUCAGCAAAGAAUGGACCAUCGUGCCUUCCCGGUACGUCAGGCGCAGAAUUUGCAGAUGCUGUAAAACCAAAGAUCGAUCCCUCAGACACAGUGGUGCAGACGACAAACUACUCCGCGUUUCAGGGAACUUCGCUUCUCCUCAUCCUACGGGCACGGCUCGUCACCGAGGUCUACAUCUGCGGCUGCAUCACAAACGUGAAUGUGUUGGCCACAGUCAUUGAUGCAGCCCGCCAUGGCAUCAGAAUUAACGUCGUAGGGGACUGUCUUGGAUAUCGCAAGCAGUCACGCCAUAAGAUUGCCCUCAAGAGGAUGGUCGAAUUUUUCGACGCCAACAUUGUCACAAGCCAAGAUGUCAUUGAUCGGAACAUGCCGGGAUGUGCGCCGCCGUUCACCCCGCAGAAGGAUUCGAAGGAUGAGCAGGACCUUCAAUACAUGAUUGAGAACCUGCGGAUGGCGGGAUCACAAACUACGGACCAAACCAAUAAUGCGACACACAUCCCGCGUGGAACAAACCCCAUCGUAACUGUUGACAACUCGAAAGAUGAAGUUGAGCGCACGUCAUUCGUCAACGGCAGGGCGCGAAAGCCGUCCGAUGCCACCUCUUUAGCCGACAGUCGCGCCACAUCCGACACAAAACUAAGUGACGAACAGUUCACAGAGCGACUGGUUCAAGGCGCAAAGAUAGCGAAGGCCGAAAGACAGCCUGAGAGACAAAGUCUUGUCAAGUCCAAAAUUCGGAUGAGGCCGCGAACAUCCAAAGAUAAAGACAAGGAUAAGGACAAAGACAAGCAGUCAGAAGAAAAAAGAACCAAAAACGAGUUGAGCAAAAAAAGCGGGACAAUAGGCCCCGGAAUCAGCUCGCUGCACGCCGCCGAAAGAGAACCUGAAAAACCGGCCAAGACUCCCCAGGUAGCCAAAACUGUAGACAAAGAACCUACAGCCCUCACAAAGGCAGGGAGCAGCGACAAGUUGCGGCACAACACUCCGAAGAGCGAGCGCUCACUAAAACUUUCAGCCUCGCAACCUGCUCUUUCUAACUCUAGUUCUGAUAAAGAUAUCACGUCUCGUGUGAGAACGGCUUUGACUCGGGCCUCCAAGACAGAGUCGAAUGAAGAACUCUCUACCCGGUCACCAACAUCUACUGCAGAAAGUGCACCCGCUGUAGCACGACCCAUACCACCAAGCGAACCAAAGGUACCCAAGGCCAGCAAACUUCAAUCUCUCGCAACUUUCCCUGUCCUGGGCCCAAAUGAUCGUAUCGCGGAAGGGGAUUCUCGAAUAAUCUACGACUUUUUCCCGCCGGAGCUCUACCAUCCAUCUGAUCGCUCAAAACCUUUGCGAGAGAUCAUCUUUACCCAGAUCUACAAUGAGGUCCGGUGGCAGAAAAUGCAUCACCAAGAGGGUGAGGUACCGCGCUUGGUGUGUGCGCAAGGCGAAUUUAGUGCAGAUGGAUCCAUGCCAAUAUAUCGGCAUCCAGCCGAUCAGACAUUACCGUUACUGCAUUUCUCUCCCAAGGUGCAUUUGAUCCGUAAGCGGGCAGAAAAACUUGUUGGUCAUCCUCUAAACCAUGUUCUUAUCCAGCUUUACCGCUCAGGAACGGACUACAUAUCCGAACAUUCAGAUAAAAGCCUCGACAUCGCCAGAGGCUCGUCAAUAGUCAAUGUAAGCUUCGGUGCGCAAAGGACCAUGCGCCUUCGCACAAAAAAGCUGGACAAAGCGGAAGACUCUCAACGCGAAACUCAACGCGUUGCCAUGCCGCAUAACUCCAUGUUUGUGCUCGGUCUCAAAUCCAAUACGAAAUGGCUACACGGAAUAAUGGCCGACAAACGUAUGGUAUCAGAACGUAGCGAUGCCGAGAACGCCUACGAAGGUAUGCGAAUCUCUUUGACCUUCCGCCGCAUAGCCACUUACCUAGACGCCAAAUGCCGGACAAUUUGGGGGCAAGGUGCCACCAUGAAGGAGCAGCGCGAUGCAGCCGACGUAAUCAACGACGAUGAAGAAGAGAAUCAACGUCUUGUUCGCGCCUUCGGCCGCGAAAACCAUGCUCCUGACUUCGACUGGGACGACUGGUACGGCGACGGCUUUGACGUCCUGCAUUUCAAAGGCUCACCUAAGGAUCUACCCAUCUUGUUCACGUCCAAUAACGAAGUGGAGAACAACAUGGUGAAAGUCUACCUUGCGGAACGGAACCUCGAGUAUUCGGUCAUAGAAGCCCCGAAAGUAUCAACGCAAUGCGAAGUAGACCGUCAGGUGGGAUAUCGGGACAAUGACAAAGACCGCACCGAGGUUACCCAGGCCUUCAUUAUCAUCGCCUACCUCGAGCGGUUCUACACUCACGAUACCGAUGAACGAAAUCGUCCUUGUAUGGCCGCCAGCUAUGAUAUUUUCAUCAUGACGACGGGCAUUCUCAAGCACUGGAACAACCGUUGUGUGCCCACAUAUCCUCACAGUUUUGUCGACGCUUUGGAAGUCCUAGAAGAGCGCUAUGCGUUCACUCCCGGGCACUUCAUCUCCGGGCGAAGGUUUGCAUAUUCAGAUUGUGUUGCUUGGGUGAUCUUAGACGAGAUCAUUAGGAACUGGGACGAGUUCUCAGAGGAGGGUUUCCCUGGGCUGACGGCGUACUAUCGGAUGAUUUGGAAGAAGAAGAAGAGUGUGCAGGAGUUCCGCCCAGAGUUGCCCGACAUCAAAAAGACCAAUCCCACCAAGGAGAAGGAGAGAGCUGAGGAGUAAGAGGGCCUGGGGACCGAGCGCCUCCAUCAUUAACGACAUAAUACCCACUUUACGACCUGCUCUGUUUGAGCCUUAUGGCUGUGUUUGUUUGAGAUAUCCAUUUGCUGAGAUGAAGUUGAGCUUUGAUGGGAUGCCAUGAGGAGUUGCAACGGACAGCAUGAGCUGCAUCUUAUCACGGAAUGGUUACGUCUACUUUGCAUACCGUGGGGAACAUGUAGCUGCGUAGAUCUGGUGGUUUUCACGGCCAUAAAAGUUAUUCUUAUCCUUCCU